AUGCACGCCGCGUUGUGGCGGGCGCUGCCGGCGGACCCGGCAGGCGUGGCGCGCGCGUGUCUCACGUACAGAGAGCUCGAGGGCAUCGUACAGGGUGUGCUCACGUCUCUGGCGCAAAAAGUGCUGGCGAGCGAGCCUGUGGACCAGGCCGCUGUGCACGGUGUCCUCGAGUUCCUCGUGCGCCUUUGUGCACAUGGCGACCCAUCCCUGGUCGAGGGCGCAUGUGGGAAAGCGCAUCUCGUGGAUGCAUGCAUUCUUGCCAGCACCAGUGACGUGGAUGUGCGGCCGCUGUUCAUGAUGCUAUGGCCCCAGCGCGAGAUCGACGCUUGGAUGGAAGUAGCAACAUGGGCCCUGGAGCAUGCUCGCCAAGCCUCGACGUGGACUGAGCGUGUGCAGCGCAUUCGCCGCGCAGCUCGUAUGGCCUAUGCACUCCUUGAUGUGCUCACAUCCUCGUCGAAGGACGAGCUGUAUCCGCUCGCCGAGUUGGUGGCGACGCUGUACCAUGUCGAGCUCCAUGCUCGACACAUUCCACCUGAUGAGGCGUCCUCGUCCGCCACUCCAUGGCCCACCUACUGGCUCGCUACUAAGGUAGACCUGCUCAGUGUGGCUGACCGAUGUGUCUCGCUCGCCCCUGCGGUUCUCGACGCACUGACGCUCCAUGCUCACCACAUUCCCGAUGCCGUGGCACUCGUAGAUGCGCCGCUCCUUGUGGAUCUGCGCAUGGCAGCUCCGUCAUGUGCACCACACUUGCCCGGCGGCGCAGCGAUGCCGUUUCCUGGAGCCGCAUGGGCCGCUGUUCGUGCCUCGCUCACGACCCGCGUCGAUCCGGCCUUGGUGGACCUGGUACUGUCUGUGCUGCCGCAGCUCGAGCGCCACAUAGUCGAGCGACGUCUGUCGCGCUCGCGCUAUGCGACUAUGGCGCCCGAGGAAAUCGUGUCAGCGUUCCUUGAUGAUCCAGACGGUCUGCACGACAUCGAGGCGGAUCACGAUCCGAUGCCGCCGUCCUCGGCUAAGAAGCCGCCCACGGACGAUACCCUACCUGCUGAUGUCAAGGCGGCGAUUCUGGCGAGCGCCGAGUCACAGGCAACGACUGAUCGCAUCCUCUCUGACCUUGGCUCCUCACCUUCUGAGCGCUUGCUGCUCCAGGCAUACCAAAUGGACGCCUCUGUAUUUGUGCGCUCGAAAGCGGCCCGUGCGAUGCCUGCGCGGUCUCAGCUCCGUGAGGCCUUGGCGCCCUACGGUCUCGGGAGCGACGAACAGAUCGAAGAAUGGGCCAUGCUCUUCCAGCGCGAUCCACACAAACAGGCCAAGCUCACACAGGCGCAGACGAUGGUCGCGCCCAACCUCAAUGUGCGCACCGAACGCACUUGGGGUCCCGACAGGGGCCGAGGAGGUCGGAUUCCGCGUGGACGAGGCCGAGGUCGCGGUCGUGGCUCAUAG